AUGGGUCUCAUCACCAAAGGCAUCAAAUAUGGAGCUGUGGCUCUAGCCACUCGACAUUCUGGGAAAGCGAGUGCCGAGUCCCAAAAUCAGCAACAACAGCAAGCCAUUGUCAACCAGGCAAACUCCAUCAUCGCGCAACAAGCCGUCGAACACGAGCAAGAGCAACAGAAUCUCGUAGCGCAAGCCAACCAGAUCCUUGCUCAGCAGCAGGCUGAGCACGAGCAGGCUCUCAAACAACAGGAGGAGAAGCUCAAGCAACAGCAAAGCCAACCCAUGUACGUUGUUCCGGUCCAACAGGCUUUGCCGCCGCCACCGAACGCCUAUGGCCCCUCAGCCCCAGGAACACCCUAUUCGCAACCAACCACACCUGGCAACCAGUAUCGCGAUUUGAGUGGCUAUCAGCAUCAAAUAUGGUGUAACCAACAAUGUGGCCAGACAUGCAGCACGAACACAAUCCGAAAUUCGGAGUCAAUGUCGACGAUGGCAUACGGACAUAGUCCCCCACCAGUGCCUGGGUACAAUGGAUCAUAUCAGCAGCCUACGCAACAGUACCAGACUUAUGGUCAGCAACAAGGAUACCACGCUGGAUACUACUGA